AUGUACAACUAUUUAGCUUCUGGAGGACACUUUAAACGGUUACAUUAUCAUUUUCGUCUUGGUGCUUCAACUAUUGGAAAAAUUAUACGUGACGUUUGUUGUGCCAUAUGCGAUAUAUUAUGCCCUAAUUAUAUGCCACCACCUACAACUGAACAUUGGAUAAAAACAGCAAAAGCUUUUGAAGAACUGUGGAACUUUCCGAAUUGUCUUGGCGCGAUUGAUGGAAAACAUAUAUCAAUACAAUGCCCUCCUAAUGCUGGUUCAGAAUAUUAUAAUUAUAAAGGGUUUCAUUUCAUUGUAAUUCAAGCUGUCGUUGAUGCUAAUGCUAAAUUUAUAGCUGUAGAUAUCGGUGAUUAUGGACGAAAUAGUGAUAGUGACGAAGCAUAUCCUUUACAAACCAACUUAAUGAGACCUUUUCCAAGAAAAAAUUUAACUAAUGAAAAAAGAAUUUUUAAUUAUCGUUUAUCAAGAGCCAGAAGAAUUGUAGAAUGUGCAUUUGGGAUUCUUGUGAAACGAUUUAAUGUUCUAGAAAAUAAAAUGCUAGUUUUUCCUGAAAAAGCUACUAUAAUCACAAAGGCGUGUUGUAUUUUACACAACCUAAUAAUGGAUAAAGAAGGGGUUCUAACCGAAAUCCAAGAUGAACUUCAACUUCAAACAAUUCAAACGGUUACCCAAAGCCAACUUACAUCAAGACCAAUUAAUAGAGCAUCUACUGCAGCAAUGGAUAUCCGAGAGAAGUUCAUGAAUUAUUUCAAUUCAGACAUAGGUUCCUUGGCAAAAUAUGUAUAA